AUGACAAAGAAUAGACUAGGAGAGGCCCUCGAACGAAUCGCGGCUUCCCCCGCCGCCAGUGACAUCUCAUUCACCUUGGUCUUCCGCCCGUACCAGCUAUACCCAGACUUCCCCUCCGAGCCCCAAGACAAGCGACACUGGUACACGACAGCCAAGCACGACGCAUCCGAUCAGAAGCAAGAAGUCUUUGAGGCGACGAUGGGGUCCCUCGGGGCCGCAGCCGGCAUCAAGUUCUCCUUUGGGGGCACCAUGUCAAACACGUUUCCGUCGCAUCGAAUCAUCCAGCACUUUCAGGAAGCUCAAGACCCGGAAACCGCGAACAAACUAGUCGAUGCGCUGUACAGCCGCUACUUUGAACGCGAACAGGAUCAGAACUCGAAAGAUGUGCUGGUUGAGGCGUGCGUGGAGGCCGGCAUCCCCGAGGCGGAGGCGAGGGCGGUCGUCGAUAAUGAGAGCGAGGGCAAGAUUGAGACGCGGAACAUGAUUCGGAUGGCGGCCAUGGAUGGCGUCGACUCGGUGCCGUACAUUAUGUUUGAGGGUCGCCGGAGGGAUCUCACGCUGGUUGGGGCCAAGGAGGUUGAUGAGUACGUCAAGGCUUUGCAAACGAUUAUCAAAGAGAGCAAGUAA